UUAAUUCCUUUCAGCUUUAAUGCUUUACUUUCAGAGUGUGACUAGUGCUGUUCCUGGAAAAAAUUAUCACAUGUCAGUAACACAAUGAGGACCCUUCAUAUUGUUUUGGUGGCCUUCUUAUUUACCUUUGGUUCUUCCAGAAGUAGAGGAAAGAACUAUGAGAAGGAAAAAGUCUGCGAGGGGCUCAAUACUUUGGGAAAAGAGAAAUUCAAAGAUCUUUUCACAGUUUUGUACAGCCAGAAGUUCCCCAAUGGCACAUUUGAAGAAGUCAGGUGUGUUGCUGAUGAAAUGCUUAAACUAGCAGAAAAAUGCUGUUCAGAAGAGGCUACUCCUGACUGCUAUGACACUGGGGCGACUAGGAUAUCCGACAUUUCAUGUGGGAAGGACUCGCCGUUUCCCAAACAUCCGGGAAUCGGCACAUGCUGCGCCGAACAGGGCCUGGAGAGGAAGCUGUGCUUGGCCAGCCUGCGCUACACCGCCGAGGAGCUCCCCUCGCUCCUGGAACCAUCAAACGAAGAAAUAUGUGAGCAGUACCGACAGAACGCUAGUGAAUAUUCAUCCAGGUACAUGUACGAAGUUGCACGGAGACACAGAAGUACCCCAGCUGGAUUAGUGCUCAAUGCAACUGCCCGCUACCUACAGAUGCUUGAAAAAUGCUGCAGUCCUGCAGCAUCCAACCCCUGCUUUUUGAGUGAGAGGUUGCAGCAAAGGGAAUCAAAUGUUUUCCUGAGAUUCACGACAGCUGUUUGCCAAAACCAAGUGAACUUGAAAUCUCAUAAAACUGGGUUGACUGUAUAUUAUGGGAGCAUAUUGGGAAUCCCAUUUGAAGAGGCAUCGUCUAUUGCUAGUUAUCUGCAUGACGGACUAGCAAAAUACUGCUUAGAACCGAAGGGUGCGUACAUCAUCCAGGAGUUCACAGACUUUCACAGAGUCCUCUGUAAUGACUCCACACUGGCAACCAAAUCCGCUGAGUUUCAGAAGUGCUGCAGCAAACCGCCUCUGGGCACUCUUACCUGUGUCGAUGACCUGAAAAAACAGCCUUACAUGUCGACGGGAACCGAGCAGCGUCUCUCAGCUGACCUCUGCAGUGAAGCCAGUCAGGAUGCCAUUGAAAGGUAUUUGUUUGACGUCGGAGUGAAGCGCCCCUCUGUGUCUCUGCCAGUGAUGGCUACUGUGGCCGAUAACUUCGCGCGCACCGUGAAGCUCUGCUGCGAGAGUGCUGACGCCGAGUCCUGCAUGGAGGGAAAGAAAAGCCAUUUGAAAGGGAUUACAGAAUUUCUGUCCAAGGCUGACGACAUUUGCUCACAGUAUUUUAAACUGGAUUUCUCCGCAUUCAAAAAAAAGGUGCUGAGGGACGUGGAGGGGGAGCUGCCGCAGGCUGGCAGGGGCGAUGCUGACGCCAGAGCCGGCGCGCUCGUGGAAUUUGCGGCGACGUGCUGUUCCCGACACGCACCGCCGGUGCAGUGCCAGAACCGGGUUGAAGCCUUCAUCACUCCCAGUGAAGAUGACUCUGCAGUUUGAACAGCAAGACCCAAGCCAUUGAUUGGAUAACCGAGAAAUGUAUAAAAUGGAAAUGCCAAUGCUGAUUGCUCAAUAAAUUUCAAGACUGA